GCCCACCACGACAGAAACCUCGAACCUCACGACCACCAUCCGACGGCCGCGAGCUGCUGCUGCUGCUGCUUCUUCUUCAGUUCUUCGCCGGCAUCACCAGCGUCGUCCUGUGCAGAGUCAGGGGCCGCCACCAUCCCUCGCGGGACGAACGGUUGGACCCGAAGGAGCGUGGUCUUCUCAACCACGAUUUUCUCCGAUUCGAGUCCAAUCCUCUCUCGCAAAAACCCUAGUGAAGAAUGCCGCCUUUUUCGGUCAACCCUCGUCCCUCUCAAUGAAGAGAGCCUGGAAGAUCUCCGUCUCGGCCCAUACCGAGCUUUUAUGCCUCCAGCGAUCCUCUCGCAACCCCAGAAUCCUGAGGCCUCACCUCCUCGGCCACGCGAGGUCGCCGGCGCACGGGUUCUCCCGCGAAAUCUGCGAUAUGGCCGCCCCGAGCUCGGCCGGGGUGAGGGAAAUCAUGGAAAUGUUCAUCGACAAGUUCGCGCGGGUGGAGAACAGGGCCGUGCUCGGCGAAGGUGUCCUCGCCAGGGUUUUGGAGUUGAGAGACGAGUUGGUGCAGCUCAACGGGCGGGACGAGAUCGUUAGGGUUUUGGAUGAGAAAGCCGACCCCUUGCUUCUCUCCGUCGAUGCGUUGGCUUUUCUUGAGCUCUUGAAGCAGCUCGACUCUUGGCCUCAUCGAGCUCUGGAGGUCCUUUUUUGGAAAAGGAAACUGCAGGAGCGCGGUAUUCCGAUGACAUCGGAGGAGUAUGUCAAAGGCAUUAGGGUGGCUGGUAGAAUGAAGGAUGUUGAUCUAGCUUUUGAACUAUUUAUGGAAGCUACUAGUAAGAGAUUGAAGACAACCUCUACUUAUAAUGCGUUGAUGGGUGCUUAUAUGUACAAUGGUUUGGCGGGGAAGUGCCAGAAGCUUUUCCUGGAGUUGAAAGGAGAUGCAGACUGUAGUCCUUCAAUAGUAACAUAUAAUAUUCUUAUCUCUGUUUUCGGGCGCUUAAUGCUAAUAGAUCACAUGGAGGCGACUUUUCGGGAGGUAGAGCUUUUAAAUCUGGCCCCCAAUGUUGGCACAUAUAACAAUCUAAUUGCUGGGUAUUUGACUGCUUGGAUGUGGGACAAUAUGGAAAGAACUUUUCAGACUAUGAAGGCAAGCCCUGUUAAGCCUAGUACGAGUACAUACUUGCUGAUGCUUCGCGGUUAUGCACACUCGGGUAAUUUGGAAAAGAUGGAAGAGACAUAUGAGUUGGUAAAAGACCAUGUCAAUGAGAACGAUGUCGCUUUGAUAAGAGCCAUGAUAUGUGCAUAUUGUAGGAGCUCUACCAUGGACAGAGUUAGGAAAAUUGAGAUGCUACUGGGGCUUAUUCCAGAAAAUGGGUAUAGACCUUGGUUAAAUGUGUUGCUGAUCAAGGUUUAUGCACAGGAGGAUUGGUUAGACAAGAUGGAAAGCUCAAUCAAUGAGGCCUUUGAGCAGAGAACCUCUGUCAAUGCAGCAGGUGUGAUGCGGGCUAUAGUGGGCAGUUAUUUCCGAUGUAAUGCGUUAGAUAAGCUUGCGAGCUUCGUGAAGCGUGCAGAAUGCGCUGGGUGGAGAAUCUGCCGAUCUCUUUUUCAUUGCAAAAUGGUUAUGUAUGGAUCCCAGCAGCGGUUGGUGGAAAUGGAGAGUGUACUUGAUGAGAUGGAGAGUUUCAAUUUCAACCGAACAAAGAAAACAUUUGUCAUCAUGUAUUAUGCCUAUUUAUCCAGUGGUAAGAAAAAUAAGGCAGAGCAAAUAAAGGGACUGAUGUGCAAGCAUGGUUAUGGGGUUCCUCAUGAUGCUGUCUCUUCAUAGUAAAACCCCUCUGUCCAUCUUCUCGUGCUGGGUGGUUACAUGUGAAUGUUUAAGUGAUUAUUAUCAAUAAUUGCUUUCACAAGUCCAUUCGGCUGAUCAUUCUGAAUGAGGUAUGCUUCUCAUUUUCCAGGAAUUGCUGUUGUUCAUACAUGUCCGCGGCUUUGGAAGUGCUAUUUACUUGUAGAAGACGAACACAAUUAGGAAUGCGAAUUUACCGUUUGCAUAAUUCCACCCGACCCGGUACUUCAAGCAAUAUUCUUUCUCACCAAUAUUCUUUCUCACCAAUCUCAUGAUUCAUUCUGUCUGUAGUGUGUUGAGUUUCGGAUUUUCGACUCUGGCUGCUCCUUUUGGAGCUCUGAGCUCCGGCAGCACUUGGGAAUGGGAUGCAUGUCGAUAAGCUCUGCGACUUAGGGCAUGGUAUAUUGGAUCGGUGCACUUCAUUUACCUUGAGCACUUCGGUGAAUGUUUCAUCUGCUACGGAGUCGACCAGAUCAAAUCAGUAGCUCACAGCGAAUUCAGCUUAAUUCUUUUCUGCGGAUAUUGGAUUUUACCCAAGGGUUGGGCCAAUCCCGGGAAUAAGAGUUCCAAUUUCAACAGUCAUUGUACCAUUUGUGUUUUAAGAUCUCUUGUACAAUAUGGGAUAUGAAUCUCUUCUGAAAUGACCUUGGGGAUGAAAUGGUGGGGCACUCUUAUCGGUGUUGUCACUGAAAGAAGUGUUACAGAGGAUUUCUUGCUACCUAUAAGUUGCCCAGGUUUUGUGCUUGCAAAUGUGUACUGCUAGUACAUCUGUCUGCAUAUGUAGAGCUUGUGUAUGACAUAUCCAGAAUAUGCUUUGAUUUGCAAAGUGUAAAAUCACGCGAAAUCCUCGUCCAA